CUUAUUUUUUGAACUUUUAAAGCCUGGCGCUAUCGAGUCUAUGGGAUCUCACGUACUGGUUAUUGAAGGAUUCUGUGUUUUUGAAGUUGAAUAAUAAUGACAGCAUGUGUAUUGCGCGAACAGCAGGAUUACUUGAGCGCAUACAUGACAACUAUACACAAAAUUGCUGCCAAGUGUAUGACUGUUAGAUCGUUAGAUAGCUAAUUCGAAAAGAUAAUGAACGCAGGUCGUAUUGCGAAAGCAGUCUUGCUGGCAAUGUUAAUUAAGUAAAAGCAGGCUAUGACGGCAGUAUGCAAAUUUGUGUGGUUUUCAGGAUAUGUGUGCCUUGGUGGCGAAAGUAAACUGAAUGUUCAAAAACUGACUAUCGGGAAAGCCUUAUGUAAACUGUGAUGUCUGGGGCAGCAUUCAAUCUCCCACAUGAAGUAUGGUUUCAGGUAUUUCUAUUACUCUCUGAUGAGGAGAAAGGGAACGUUCGCUCGAGCUGCAAGUACUUUAAGAGGUUGAUAGACCACCCCUCCAUGUGGAGGAACAGCGCUGUGGUGCUGAAGAAGAUUCGCUCCUAUAACAGUCAGUACUGGGACACAUUGCGGCGAAGGAAGACAAGCAUGGUUGUGGUGCACAAGGCGGGGACGAAGGAAUGGGGUCUGAUUGCAACGUCGCUCCCAUGGCUAAGUGCAAUAACCAUAGAUCAGUUGUUGGACGUGAAAGCACUUGGAAUCCUACUGCGUUUUAAAAACCUGAAGAGAUUGGUCAUCCGGAGCUUUCAAUGUCAUUCGGAGCUCGCCAGUGUAUUGGCGCCGCUGCGCCAACUCACUCACCUUUGUUUGUGCGAGCUCCAUCGCGCACCUAGGGCAGAGCUAAUCAAUGCUGUGUCCCAACUCACCGGCCUGACCUCACUCUUUUAUCACGAAGGCGACAAACCCAUCUCCAGACGGACAUUACAGGGAAUGCUGACCUGCUUGCCUAACCUUACGGAACUGUCUCUAAAAAUGCAGGCUGUUUAUGGCAUUCUUCCUGAUGACUAUUUUUAUCUGCCAAAAACACAUCAUGAUCCAACUGAUGAGGUGGCAGCAUUGGAUUCAGUUCCAAAUAAAUCACUAUCAGGCAGAGAAGACCCAGGCUUGACCAGGCUGGAGCUCCUGGACUACAUGGACCCAAUGCUGUCCGCUGUGGCCUUGGAGCCACUGUGCUUUCUCCAGGCUCUGACUGUGUGCUACAGGGACCGCGCUGUGGAGCCCAGCAGGUGCAACAUGAGGGUGUGGCUGAGGAAACUCCCCUGUCUGACCGAACUCACAGUGGCACGCGGGUAUCCCCUCAGUCUGUAUGUGCACUCUCUGCCGGCGACCCUCCAGAGCCUCUCCCUGCUCCGGGUCAUCAUCGGUCCGGGAGACCUGAGCGCUCUAGGGAAGCAGACUCCGGACCUCCAGCACCUCCACGUAGACCUGUGCUGCUAUGGCAGGCAGAGCGGCCUCCAUGAGCUACCUGCACUCUUCCCCAAACUGAAGACCCUCAAACUGCGACAUUGGAACAUGACGGAGGAGGAGUUUGUGGGCUUGGCCCGGUUACAGCACCUUCAGAGGCUGGUGGUUCUGGACGCACAGCCCGGACCCAGUCCUGCCCUCUCGAACCUGAUCCGGCAGCUGCAAAUCAAGACCGACUAUAGGAUACAGGUGAUCCACUCCCUGAUACCGAGGGACCCCAUGGCCUGCUUCUGCAGCCAAUACUAAGUGCUCACUGCAUCGCAGGUGUCAUGUGAAGCGUUUUUAUUAUCAUUACUUAUUGUUGUUCUCGGUUAAAACUCCUUAUGUGUGCCUUUGUCUUCACUUUCAAUAAAAAUCAUCACCCGUCUGGUU